AUGUCCAAGCGCGGUUCUGGUGCAUCUGGAAACAAGUUCCGUCUGACCCUCGGUCUCCCGACGGGCGCGGUCCUCAACUGCGCCGACAACAGCGGCGCGAAGUCGCUCUACGUGAUCGAGGCGUACGGGACGGGCUCGCACCUCAACCGUCUCCCGGAUGCCGGUGUCGGCGACAUGGUCGUCGCAUCUGUGAAGAAGGGAAAGCCCGAGCUCAGGAAGAAGACGAUGCCCGUUGUUGUUGUCCGCCAGCGCAAGUCGUGGCGCCGGCGAGAGGGCCUCGUCCUGUACUUCGAGGACAACGCUGGCGUGAUUGUCAACCCCAAGGGUGAGAUGAAGGGCUCGGCCAUCACUGGCCCUGUAGCAAAAGAAUGCGCGGAUCUCUGGCCGCGUAUUGCGUCGAACGCGGGUACUGUCGUAUGA